UUGAUGCAAUGGCUAGAUGUGGCUGCAUAUGGAUUCAUUUGUUGUGUAUUCCAACCCUCCCGAUGAUGUAUUUACCAAUCAGGGCAGCCUGCAACUAAGGCCCAAGUCCAAUUCACUUUGUACGCAUAGUUUCACUCAAGAGCCCAAUUCUUACUGAUCCAAGUCCCCCACCGCAAAUCAAGGCUGCUUAAUCAUAGAUAAUCAAUCACGUAACUCAUUUUUUUCCACACUAAGGUCCAUUAAUUAGCAUUAUUGGCUUCUUACUGAAGACUAUUCUGAGUUUCUGACCAAGAAAAUUCUUUAGCUAGUCUCAGCCUCAAUCUGAGUUUUCUAGCAGCCAUUAGACUUAAUGGUAACAGACAAAGCCUCAAAAGGGCCAACCCUCAUCCUUGCCACUCUAUAAAAGGCCUAGAAUCAUUUUUUGUACCUCAACACCCAAAAGUAAUCAAAUCUGUGUGAGAGAGGCUAACAUUAUCAUUACAAUGGCAAGGUUCGCAGUUUCUUCUAUGGCUUUCACAGCAGCAGUGCUUGUGUGCAUGUUGGUUGUUGCUUCACAUGUUGAUGCAAGUCUAACAUGUGCUGAGGUGACAAACUUGUUGACCCCAUGUAUCAGUUAUGCCAUUUUUGGAGGAACAGUUCCUCCAGCUUGUUGUGAAGGUAUUAAAGCACUCAACGCUGCUUCAAAUACCACACAAGACCACAGAGCCGCAUGUAGUUGCAUCAUGGAUGGUCUUUCAAAGAUCCCAGGAAUCAACUAUGAACUAGUUGGAACACUUCCUCAGACUUGUGGCACUACUUGUUCCUACAAAAUCACACCCACUACUGAUUGUUCCAAGGUGGACUAAUUCUAUUCCUACGUACUGGAGUAUUCCAUGAAGAUAAAAAUAAAGCUUCGAGGAAAGCUAGCUUCUGUGUGUGUUAUGGCACAAUGUUGAAGUGUUAUUAUUUAAUAAGAAAUAAUGUCAAUAAGUCAAUGUAUACGGAUUAUUAAGAAAUAACCCAACCUAUUGAACUUAUAGAAAUUAUUAAUAAAACUUAUUUCUACUUUUGCAUUGUUUAUGCUA